UUUGCUGCGCACUCUCCGAAGCCCGUUUGUGAUGUGAAACUAAAAGCCGCUGAAGGAGACAACUUUAUCCUUUUUAAAAACGACAACAUUUAUUUAUGAGCUCACCAUGACCGAGGAGAGCAGGAGUGAACACAGGGCUGAGAGCGGGAAGGACUUGGAGAAACAACUCCGGCUGCGAGUUUGUGUCUUGAAUGAACUUCUGAAAACUGAACGGGAUUAUGUUGGGACGCUGGAGUUCCUGUCGGUGUUUCUACAUCGCCUCAACCAGUACGCAGCCACCAGGAUGGACAAAAACAUCACAGAGGAAACUGUAAAGGCUUUAUUCGCCAACAUCGAGGAGAUUCUGGCCGUUCACAGAGACUUCCUGUCCAUGGUGGAGGAGCUACUGCAGCCUGAGCCUCACGCUCACCAUGAAGUGGCGCGCUGCUUCUUGCACUUUAGAAGCCGUUUUCAGGUUUAUGACGAGUACUGUGGGAACCAUGAGAAGGCCCAGAGGCUGCUGCUGGAGCUCAAUAAGAUCAGGAGUGUCAGAACGUGCUUACUGAACUGCAUGUUGCUGGGAGGAAGGAAAAACACAGAAGUACCACUUGAAGGUUACUUGGUGGCUCCUAUUCAGAGGAUCUGCAAGUACCCGCUGCUGCUCAAAGAGCUGCUGAAGAGGACCCCUAAGAGGCACAAUGACUACCACCUGGUCCAGGAGUCUCUGCAGCUGAUGAAGGCUGUGUGCUCCAGCAUCAAUGAAGCGAAAAGGCAGAUGGAGAAGUUGGAGAUUUUAGAGGAGUGGCAGUCACACAUUGAGGGCUGGGAGGGCUCCAACGUCACAGAUACCUGCACCGAGAUGCUGAUGCAGGGUGUUCUGUUAAAGAUCUCAGCUGGAAACAUACAAGAGAGAAUCUUCUUCUUGUUUGACAAGCUUCUGGUUUAUUGCAAGAAGAAAAACAGGCGUUUGAAAAACAGCAAAGCAUCCACUGAAGUUCCACGCUACCUGUUCAGAGGAAGAAUAAACACCGAGGUGAUGGAGGUGGAAAAUAUGGAUGAUGGGACAGCUGACUACCACAGCAGCGGAAACAUUGUGAACAAUGGCUGGAAGAUCCACAACACGGCCAAGAACAAGUGGUUUGUCUGCAUGGCCAAGACCCCCGAGGAGAAACAGGAGUGGCUGGAGGCCAUCAUGAAAGAAAGGGAGCGGAGGAAAAGCCUGAGACUCGGCAUGGAGCAGGACACCUGGGUAAUGGUCUCAGAGAAGGGAGAGAAGCUCUACAAUCUUAUGACCAAAGGAAACCUCGUCAAGGACAGAAAACGCAAGCUCACCACAUUCCCCAAGUGCUUCCUGGGAAAUGAGUUUGUGUCCUGGCUGAUGGAAAUUGGUGAGACGGACAACCCAGAGGAAGGGGUCCACCUGGGUCAAGCUCUGCUGGAGAAUGGCAUCAUCCACCAUGUCACAGACAAAUACCAGUUCAAGCCUGAGCCUGUGCUGUACCGCUUCCGCUUCGACGAUGGCACCUAUCAUCCAAGAACUGACAUGCACGAUGUCAUAGCCAAGGGUGUUCGACUGUUCUGUCGUCUUCAUAGCCUCUUCACUCCUGUCAUCAGGGAUAAGGACUAUCAUCUGCGGACCUACAAAUCAGUGGUCAUGGCCAACAAGCUUAUAGACUGGCUUAUAGCGCAGGGGGACUGCAGAACGAGAGAAGAAGCGGUGAUCUUGGGAGUAGAGCUGUGCGACAAUGGCUUCAUGCAUCAUGUGUUGGAAAAGAGUGAAUUCAAAGAUGAGCCUUUGUUGUUCCGUUUCUUUGCGGAUGAAGAGAUGGAGGGAUCCAACACGAAACACAAACCCAUGAAGCACGAUUUGAAAAUAGUGGAAAACGUCAUCACAAAGUCGCUCCUGAUAAGACCAAGUGACGGAAGCUAUGGUUUUACUCUGGAAGAAAGAAACAGAGUCCCCAUCGUCAAAUAUGUGGAGAAAGGCUCCCCAGCUGAGAUGGCUGGCCUGGAAGUGGGGAAGAAGUUGUUUGCCAUAAACGGAGAUCUGGUGUUCCUGAGGCCUUUCUCUGAAGUGGAAGUUGUCCUCAGGCAAUGUUUCAACAACAAGGGACCCCUUAGGGUGUUGGUCAGCACCAAGCCAAGAGAGACGAUAAAGAUCCCAGACUCUGCUGAUGGGUUGGGCUUCCAGAUUCGAGGAUUUGGCCCCUCUGUGGUUCAUGCUGUUGGAAGAGGCACGGUGGCAGCCAUUGCCGGUCUCCACCCGGGCCAGUGCAUCAUCAAGGUGAAUGGCAUCAACGUGAGCAAGGAGAGCCACGCCAGUGUCAUCGCUCAUGUCACAGCGUGCCGAAAGUACAGGCGACCGACCCAGCAAGACACAAUUAGGUGGGUAUACAACAACAGCGAGAGUGCCCAGGAGGAAAAUCAGAAAACCAAGCAGAAACCCACCCCCGAGGAGAACGGAGACGGCUUCGAGUGCAAAGUAGAAGAGGUGAUGGACAAGUUCAACACAAUUGCCAUCAUUGAUGGGAAGAAAGACCAUGUCAGUCUGACAGUGGACAAUGUCCACCUGGAGUAUGGAGUGGUGUACGAGUAUGACAGCACAUCUGGCAUCAAGUGCCAUGUACUGGAGAAAAUGGUGGAACCAAAAGGAUUCUUCAGCCUCACUGCUAAGAUCCUGGAGGCGCUGGCACGAAACGACGACCUGCUGGUGCAGAUGUGCGGCAGGUUGAGUUCCAGCUGUGACGUGAUACCUGAGGAAAUGCACGUACGCUUCAGUGCCAUGUGCAGCGAGAGGGUGGAGCACAUCAAUCGACGCAUCACGAACUACAGAAAGUUUGCUCGUGUCCUGAAGAACAGAGCGUGGCCCACCUUUAAGCAAGCCAAGGCCAAGGUUUCCCCCCUGCACAGCAGCGACUUCUGCCCCACAAACUGCCACAUAAAUGUGCUGGAGGUGUCCUACCACAAGACCACCACUUCUCUGGGCAGUGCCUUUGGUGUGCAGCUAGACAGCAGGAAGAACACUCUGGAGAAGAACGGGCGCAGCAGUGAGAACGGUAAGCUGAGCCCCAUGGUGAAUGUCCAGCACACAAUCACAACCAUGGCUGCUCCUUCGGGUCACAGCCUGGGCCGGACAGAGGGACACGGGCUUCGGUUCUUGCUCAGAGAAGACGACCUUCUCACUCUCGAUGCAUAUCAGAAACUUCUUUAUAAACUCACUGCUGCUGUAAAGGAGCUGGAGACACACGGUGCCCACAUUCAUGACCUUAUAUCCUCCAUCACCUACCCUCCAGCAUCAGAGGUGGGGAACCAGGAGAGCUACAUUUCUGCAGAAAGUGAAGGAGAGAAAGGUGAGAGGAAUGGGAAGAAGGUGUGUUUCAAUGUGGCAGGAGACGAGCAGGAGGACUCUGGACAUGACACAAUCAGCAACAGAGACUCAUACAGUGACUGCAACAGCAACCGAAACUCCAUCGCAUCCUUCACCAGCAUCUGCAGCAGUCACUGCAGCUCCUACGUUCACAGUGACGAGAUGGACUCAGGAGAUGAGAUGCCCUCUAGUGUAUGGCUAUCCCAUGACAAGCAGAAGAAACUUUAUAGCUUUCUAGAGCAUCUCUUUAGCCAGGUGGAUUCAAUCACCAGCAUGCUGCGAGGAGCGGUGGUGGCUCGGGCAUUUGAACAGACCAAGUGUUUCAUUCCUGAAAGAGGAAUACAAGAGUUUCAGCAAGAGAUGGAGCCCAGGGUAAACUGCACCAAAAAGUUGCGUCUCCAUAUCAAGCAGGAUCCGUGGAAUCUUCCCAGCAGCGUUCAGGCGCUCACGCAAACCAUUUCUAAAUACGCUGAAGAGGUGAAGACACGACUGCUCCUGGUGCUACUGCAGUACACAGACUCAGAGAUCCAGUUACGUCGUGAUAUGGUCUUCUGUCAGUCUUUAGUUGCAGCUGUGUGCGCUUUCUCAGAGCACCUCCUGGCUGUCCUCAACCAGACUGAUGAGCAGGCCAUGCUUGAGGACACUCAGGUGGCUCUGAUAGAUCUGGAGAAAGUCACUUUCUGCUUCCAGCAAUUUGAAGGAGAACCACUUGUUGCCAAUAUGCCCAUUUCAUACCAAGUGGAAGGCACCCGUCAAGCCUUGAAGGUCUGCUUCUACCUUGAGAGCUACUUCUUCCACCUGCUGCCUUACAGGCUGAGAAAUGGAAGUGUCAAAAUCUACCCUGUCCUCUUUACACAAGCACUGGAGAGUAUGGAGGGAUACUACUACAGAGACAACGUGUCCGUGGAGGAAUACCAGGCUCAAAUUAAUGCUGCGUCACUGGAGAAGGUCAAACAGUACAACAAGAGACUGAGGGCUUUUUUUCUUGAUCAGUCCAAUGUACCGCCCAGCGCUGCUCCCAAAGCUGCCCUAAUAGAUAAGUUAAUUCGGCCCCUGAACGCUCUGGAGGAGCUCUACCGUCUGAUGGAGCGGUUCAUCAGCUGCCGCCGCACCGCCGCCUGUCAGAACACCGCCUGCGGGGCCUCUGGAGUCGGGCUGCUCACUGUGGCUUCUGAGCUCUGCUCUCGUCUGGGGGCCACACACGUCGUCAUGUGCAACAGCGGCGUUCAUCGGUUGUACAAGCUGUGCCAGCCUCCACCCCCAGACGGGGACCCAUAA